GCAAGGGGAAAAUCUAGCUAGCGGGGCACGUCCCGGCCAGUCGAUCCCUCUCUCUAUAUAUAGCACCACCAAAUUUAACUUCUGAUUUACCAGCAGAUCAUUAUUCCACCACGUACACGUACCCUAGCUAGCUAACACUAGCUGCUGCCACCGCUCGGUCAUGGACUACGGCAGCGGGAGCACGGGCACGGGCACCACGGCGACGCCGCCGCCGCCGCCGCAGCAGCAGUAUAGUAGCUGCCGCUCCGUUUCGCCGCCGUCGCGGGUGUCGUCGUGCUCGCCGCCGCCUGCUCCUCCCCCCGCCGUGCAGGUGGUGGGCAACGCGCCGCCGACCGUGGUGCUGAGCCCGUGCGCGGCGUGCAAGAUCCUCCGCCGCCGCUGCGCCGACGGCUGCGUGCUGGCUCCCUACUUCCCGCCGACCGAGCCGGCCAAGUUCACCACCGCGCACCGCGUCUUCGGCGCCAGCAACAUCAUCAAGCUCCUCCAGGACCUGCCGGAGAGCUCGCGCGCGGACGCGGUGAGCAGCAUGGUGUACGAGGCGGAGGCGCGGCUGCGGGACCCCGUGUACGGGUGCGCGGGGGCGGUGUGCCGGCUGCAGAAGCAGGCCAACGAGCUCAAGGUGCAGCUGGCCCGGGCGCAGGCCGACCUGCUCAACGCGCAGGCGCAGCACGCCAACCUGCUCGCGCUCGUCUGCGUCGAGAUGGCGAACCGCCGCGACAGCCACCACCACCAGCAGCACCCGUCGCCGCCGCUGGUGGACGGCGGCGGCGACUUCGGCGCGGCGGCGUACCACGCGUUUUACGACUCGGACCUGGACUCGGCGACGUGGCCGGAUCACGAAGCCCAGCUCUGGACCUGAUCUGAUCGGCAGCCGAUAGGCCUUAUCAGUGGCUCCGGUGAUACAAGUACUUGGAUAAUAACACACAUACGUGCUGCAAGUCUGCAACCGUGUAGUUAGUUUCAAAAAAAAAAAUCUGCAACCGUGUAGCUCGGAACGGUAACGUUUCUCUGGUUGUUUGCAUGCUGGCUGCUGCAAGACGCAUAGUAGCCGGCCGAAAUUAUGGCUGUACGACUAUAGUACUUCGUCAAUACGAUUAAUUUGCUCUUGAA